AUGGAUUUGGCAUUCAAAGAGUCAUUCCGUGUCAUCUUCUCCAUCAAUGUCUUCAUCAAUUUGGCUUGUGUCAAGCCCAAAUUCGUCGUACAGCACCGUCCUUUCGUGAGCCCAUCGCAGUAAGCUGUCCGCCUGUAAAGCGUGGGUUUUAAUAGCAAUUUCUUUAUCAAUAAGUAUUGUGAAUGAAUAUCCCCCAUACUAAUACCUGUUCUAUUUUCAGCGUAACCUUUUCUGUUCGACUUACAAUCUUACUCCUAUCACUGGUUUUAAUUCUCAGCAUAUCCCUAUUCACCAUUGCAUGGGUGCUCUCUAUUGACUGCUCUGUAAAGAAAUUAACAGUGUUGUGUCUGUUCAUAAAGUCAACCAUGUGGAUGAUUGUCUGGUGGAAUUUGUGGCCGGGUUUUUCGUUAGAAAAAUUUUGCUUUAGCUGUUCGGUUAAUGUCUUAAUAAGCCUUUUGAAUUGUUCGACCUCUUCCGCUGAAAAUUUCCUGGCCUGCGUAUAAUUUUGAAUAUCUCGGAGUGUUUUUAAGACUUGGAUGCAGUUUUGGACAACUUUCGACAAUUCUGAUAGUCUUGUUCCAGAUUUUGUUUUUGCGUUCUCAUCAAAUUCGUCGAUGCGUUUGGUGAGAGGGCCUUUUUCUACAAUUACAGAUAAUAAUUUAAUGGAUCAAGCAUUUUUGAAAAAGAGGGAGGCAGAAAUAUGCAAAAAAUCAAUAAAAUUAAGCCCAAAAGUUGAAGUCAUUCACACCAACGUUUCGAAAAAACUAUUGGUCCCUGAAUUAUAAGAGAAGUUUCUACACAUUGACAAGAGUCUUGUCUACAAUUGCAGAAGACGAUUUCGUCGGUACAAGGCGUUUAAAAAAAGGUCUAGGGAGAAAUACGUAAAAAUCAUCAAAAUUUAGCCAAAAGUAGACGUCAUUGUCGCCAACGUUUCGAAAAAACUAUUGGUCCCUGAAUUAUAAGGCAAGUUCCUACACAUUGACAAGCCUCUUGUCUACAAUUACAGAGGACGAUUUUGUCAAUAAAAAACGUUUGAAAAAAGAUAUAGGCAGAUAUAUGCAAAAAUCAUCAAAAUUAAGCCCAAAAUUGACGUCAUUGUCGCCAACGUUUCUCAAAGGAGGCAUAUCAUUGAGGUCUAACUAGACCUAAAAACGUUCAACAACACAUGUAUCUUGAAUUACAGAGAACGAUAUUUGGAGCAACUGUCUUACUUUUACCACUACAUGCCAAAAAGGGGUCCAAAAAUGGGUACAAAAACAGGCUCAAAACAAGGCAAAACCUUAUAUUUAGCAAAACUCGAAGAUCGACAACGAUAGAAACUUGGUGCUUGGUAUAUCAGGUCUACGUGAAAAUAAUAUUUUGUGCCUACAAUAUUAGAGCCCUGAGGCUAUUAUUACGAAAUUUGAUAUUCUUUCGUAUAACAUGUCGCCGGCGAAUUCAAAAUCGCGGGCGCAGCUCGGGAGACCAUCUCAACCGUGGCUUGGACCGAACGUGUCAUAUUAGUAAAGAUACCAGUUUUGUAAUCAAAAAGUUUCGCGCGGAAAUUGAAUCUUGGCAUUCCGUUGCAACUCGGAAUGAAAAAACAAAAUUUUUUCUGGGUUUUUUGCUCGGCCCAAAAUUGCUUCCAAUGGGCCGGCUUGGUGUUCGUUUUGUUUUGAAAUGCUCUAUCCGCUUUUAUGUAGCAUCAUUGAUGUCUUUGACAUCAAAAACGUCCGAGAUUUAUAACAUUGAGGGCUUCUUUUGGGAAGAGGAAAAGGAACUUUUUUUAUUUUUUAAAUCCGUUCUGGCAUGAUAAUUCAUCUAUUAUAUUCGCAUUUUUGAGAGUUGCGUUCUAACCUUUCAACCGCGAUGCCAUCUAAGUUAUAUUAUUUUAGCUCAAAAUGGCUAGUGUUAUCCUGCCAAAUCAGCCAGUGGUCAUCGACAAUGGCUCGGGCUCAAUCAAGGCCGGCUUUGCGGGUGAGGAUGGACCUCGAGUAGUGUUCCCGAAUUAUGUGGGGGUUGUGAAACAUUCGCGGGUCAUGGCUGGAGGUAUCGUUAAGGAUAGCUUGGUCGGUAAGUACACUUUAUUUUAUUUUUUUUUGCGUUUUUAGGUAUAAAGUCUUCUGUUCCAAAUAUGUAUUGAGACUGUAUCACUAUUAGCUCCAGAAAUCUUUCAUUAUGGUUUUAUUCUACAUUUCAAUGUUAUCCAUGGUGUAAAUCUUACAAAAUCUUUUUUCAGGAUCUGAUGCGCAGAAGUACAGAGGCCUGUUGGCUCUUAGAUAUCCUAUGGAGCACGGUAUAGUUACAGAUUGGAAUGCUAUGCAGCAAAUAUGGGAGUUUGCGUAUUCCCCCGAGCAAUUAAAUGUAAGUUAAACCUCAUGCCGUUAUUUAUUUUUUAGUGUAAUUCCGCUGACCAUCCGGUACUUCUAUCAGAGGCUCCUCUGAAUCCUCUGCAAAAUAGAGAGAAGGCAAUGGAGAUCUUCUUUGAGACCUUUGGAGUCCCUUCCAUUCACGUACAGAUGCAGGCCGUUCUAAGUUUAUAUGCUGCUGGACGAACAACUGGAGUUGUCCUAGACUCGGGAGACGGUGUGACACAUUCAGUACCGGUUUACGAAGGAUUUGCCAUUGAGCCAGCGUACGUUGUGCUAUAUUUGUGGCCAAUGAUAAUAUGGGAUGUUACGAAUAAUAUAAUUAUUUAGAAUCCAACGGAUUGAUGUCGCUGGACGCGAUGUAACAAACUAUCUGAAGCUUCUACUGCGAAAGGAAGGCCAUAUUUUCCAUCGAUCCAAUGAAUUUGAAUUGGUCCGAGAGAUGAAAGAAUCUAUUUGCCAAGUCCUCCCAUACCACUCAAACAUCACCAAGGAAGAUCCGGUAGGUGUAACAGAGUCGUAUUUGACUUUGACCAAGUCGAAGAUUAAAUAAGUUUUGAGUAGAUUAUUGAAUUUUUAGGUUAAAUCUUAUACGAUGGCGGACGGACAAACAAUUCGAGUUGGAAAUGCCAGAUUCCAGGCUCCAGAAGUGUUGUUCCGGCCGGAGAUUAUUGGACUAGAGUACUGCGGACUAGCCCAAUGUAUAAACAAUUCAAUCAGCGUAAGUUCCCGGCCUUUUUGAUCCAUUGUCACGUAUAAGGUAAUAUGGUUUUUUUGUCUGAUCCCGGUUAAUAUCUUUUUUUUCGUUCCUUUGUUUGGAGGGAUCUUCUUUUGUAUAGACGCGUCUUUUGUGAUGUUUUCGGAGAGAAAAGCGGGUCAUUACAGAGUAAACAUGAGGGGGGUACGAUAGAAAAAGUCGAAAAAAUUACUUGUGUCCUUUGCAGAUGUCGGACACAGAAUUGCGAAAAGAAUUGUACAAUAACAUCCUGCUGUCAGGCGGGUCCACUCUGUUUCCCGGCUUCGGCGAACGUGUUCUCCACGAGGUCCGAAAACAUAUUCCCGCCGAUCUCAAGGUCCGCAUCUCCGCCCCUCAAGAACGAAUCCACUCCACCUGGACCGGCGGCUCCAUCCUGGCCACAUUGGACACGUUCCGCAAGAUUGUUCGGACCAAGGCCCAAUACGAAAACGAAGGUAAAAACUUGGCCAGAAAAGCGUAUUAG